AUGGAAGAAAUUAAAUAUAUUAUAAACGAAUUAAACAAAUCUCCGUUUAAUAAAGGAUUAAAUAUUGUUAGCUAUGAUACGUUAAGAGGCGAACAAAGAAUUGAUAUUUUAUUGAAGGUGUUUGAAGAGAUUGAUCCAACAUUUAAGAGCGACUCUUUUCSUGCCUUUGAACCAGAAGAAGUUGUAUCAAAUGUAUUGGAAAUGUUAAGAAUUAUGAAAUAUAGUCCUCAUAAUGAUAUUCAACCGAGUGAAUUUCGUCAGGCAUUGAUAUUAGGCGAUCGGACUCUAACCACUCAUAUACUCGGUUGGCUUCUUCAUAAACUACCAGCGCUUAAGAAGAGGGCAUAUCUCUCAAAAUUUUUAAUGAAAAUUGAAUUAUCACCAGAAGUUGAAGGCGAUCACGACGUCCUUGUUAUAUAUCAACAGUAUCAAAGAAUGAUUGAUGAAUUUAAGACAAUACAUAAUUCGUAUGAAAGUCUGAAAAAGAGUAUCAGUUCUGUUCAUGAAAUCCAAAAAGAUGUCAAAUCAAUGGAAGAAGAGAGAGAACAGAUCACACAAAAGCUCAAUAAUAUUAAACGAAGAGUUGAUAUCAACAGUAAUGCCGAUUACUUUGCUUUAGUUAAAGAAUACAAAGAAGAAAAAAGCAAAAACGAUAAUAUCUUUAAUCAAUUGCAACAACAAGAAGUCCAAUCGGAACAAAUCGACAACAAAUAUAAGCGAAUUGAACAACAAUUAAAAGAUAACAAAAACAACUUUCAAUCUGCAGGUUCUCCACAAGAUUUAAUUGUUAAACUUGAAGAAGAAGUAAAAAUCAAACAACAAUUAAUUGAUGAGGUCUUACCAUCUGAAUUGCAACAACUGAAGAGAUAUGUUGAAGACAUCGAACAGAUUGAGUCGCAGCCAAACCUAAGCAAUGAUUACUUAAACAAACUUAAUCUUCAAAUUCAAACUUUAAAUCGUGAAAUCAAUACAAUUGUCGAAAAUAAAAUGCUUAACAACGAUCCGAUGGCCGAUAAAAUGGCUUUAUUUCGACAAAAUGCAUUACAAGUGGCGAAAAAGAGAGAGGAAACGGCUCAAUGUCUUAAAGAUGUGGAACAAGAAUUGGAACAAAUGGAAAAAGAACUAAAACAUAAAAGAAGUGGUCUUAAAGAUGGAGAUCAACCACUUAAAGGACAAGCAUUAAAACAAUUUGCUAAUACAUUACGUGAUAAAAGCAAUGAAUAUAAACUUAAACGCAACGAAUUGGCAGAAAUGCGAACUGAAGUGACAAUAGUUCAAAACACAUUGGAUGUGCUGAAGACUAAAGACAAAGAAAUAAAUGAUAAAUUGAUUGCAUUAGAGGAACACAAAGGUAUAAGUGGUUACUUCUCAAUGCAAGAACAGACACUAAAUAAAGUCAAUAAUGACAAUAAACUUCAGACAAGAGAUGAGUUGAUAGAACUACUCAAAGAUUUAAAUGAAAAAAUCAAUGAGAAAAAGACAAUUCUUGCUCCGAUUAUCAAAGAUUUGAGACCAAUGAGACAAAAGUGUCAGGACUUACAGUUAGAGUACUAUAAGAGACAACAGGCAUAUGAUUCAGUGGCCGCCGGUCUCGAAACAAGUGUCACUAAAUUAGACAAAGACAUUGAAAUUAUUAAUAAACAAAUCAAUACUCUUCAGUCUAAACAAUAUCUCACUGAAUGUCAAAUUCAAGUAUUGGAAGCAAAACAAAAACUACUCGAUCGUGAAGUUGGUCUCUAUGUCUCAGAUGACCCUCAAGAUCAACACAACUCUAUUCUCAAUCAAAUACAAAUUCAUUUAAAUGAACAGCAGUUAGAAAAAGAUAUUCUAAAAAAACAAGAAAAGGACUUUAAGAGCAAUGAAACACAAUAUAUGAAACAAUUAAAAAUGUGGAAAGACUUGAAGGCAUUGAUGGCUAUUAAACACAAGUGUCGACAACAGGACAUCGAUAAGAGUGUCCUCAAUGAGUACACAAUCAAUAGUAAACGCGAUCAUCUGGUUCUUUGA